AUGACGCCCGUCAUCGACACGCUCGGCGCCCUCGACGGCGCGGACGGCGGCGACGACGACGACGACGCCAUCCUCGUCGAGGCCAUGUCCAACACGGGCGCCGUCAACUUCAGCGCGACCCUCGACGCCUUCGCCGCGCGCCACGGCCGCCCGCUGCCCCACCGCCUGCUCGUCCUCGACUCGACCCCCGGCAGCCCCUGGUUCACGUGGCCGUCGCUGCAGGGUUGGUCGCGCGCCAUGACCAUCGGCACCGGCGCCUGGUUCCCCUGGCCCUUCGCCGUGACCCAGUGCCUCUGGGGCUCCUUCCUGACCGUCAAUGUCCUGGCCGGCUGGAUCAUGAAGCAGCGUCCUGGAGACGUGAUGUCGCGACUUGAUGAUGACGAGUGA